GUAAUGAGAAGCUUGGGGGCAACUUGAACUUGCACACUCAGCUUCUCCAAGGUUUUCAACUAACGGUUAGAAAAAAGUAACUUGCUAGGCUCUUGUGUACCUGACAAGCCUUCUCUGAGGAACUCUAAAUUAUCCGUUUCCAUCCCUUUCCCCAGAUUUCUAAUGUCCUGGACGUUUUGCAUAGAGCCACUUCUGUGUAUCACUUUAGAAAUAACUAAGACCAGACUAGAGCCCCAAUUCUCUGCUCAUUGUAUUGAGACGGUUUUAGUAUCAGAGUUCCCAAUGUAUGUCUUCAGUCAGCACGGAUCUCUCACUUAACCAAUUGUAUACACAGGAAGAAGCAAGCAAUGACAUGCAAGAGCACCUUGGAGCCCUAGUCAUGGACCAGGAUCCUGUGGUGCUAGGCGCUGUGUAGACACAGGACCCACAGGAGUUUACAAUCCAACUCUAAGACAAGAGAUGACAGAUGGAUACAGACACGCUGGGAGUACAAAUAACGAAUGAGUGAGCUGGAGAAGCUGGGCUUGGGAGAUGGUGUGGAUCUGUAUGUAUAUGAAAUCCCAGUUGAAUACCAAACAGUACAAAGACUAAUUCCCGCAUUGUGGAAAAAACACAGUCCACAAUUGGUGGUUCAUGUGGGUGUAUCAGGUAUGGCCACAACCGUAACCUUGGAAAAAUGUGGGCAUAACGUAGGAUACAAAGGCUUGGACAACUGCCGUUUCUGUCCAGGCUCUCAGUGUUGUGUAGAAGGUGGCCCAGAAUGCAUCGAUUCGAUUAUUGACAUGGAUGCAGUUUGCAGGAGAGUCUCAACGCUGGGACUUGAUGUCACGGUUACUAUAUCCAAGGAUGCCGGCAGAUAUCUCUGUGAUUUCACUUACUAUACUUCCUUAUACCAGAGCCAUGGCAGGUCUGCGUUUGUUCAUGUGCCUCCACUGGGAAAACCAUAUACUGCAGAGCAGCUGGGCCGGGCACUACAGGCUAUCAUAGAAGAAAUGCUUGAUGGUUUGGAGCAUUCUGAAGGCAAAAUCAAUUGUCGCCAUGAACACUGAAGCUGAGCAAAACUCCUACCACUGUUGCACUUCCAAAAUACUCCCCGCUACUAAGUACUGGGGAAGCAGCCUGUCUGAAAUGCACAGAAAAAGAAUCAGAGACUUCAGAAUGAAAGUUAAUUCCACUUCCAGCAAUUCUGUGACAUUCUUCUCUUCCUGUGAAUUUCAUCUGAAACAAGAAAGGAUUUCAAGUCUUUCUUUUAAACCACCUGCAACUACUUAUUUCCUAAAGUGGCUGAAAAAUGUGUGCUGUGUUUUCUACAGAGGAUAUCUGUAAAUCAAGUGACAGCUAUUGAGCAGUCUAAUACAGUGCAGAUGGAAAGGUUUACACCUGGAAUCAGAGUUUGUGUGCAGGGAAUCGAUAAUACCAUCUUCUGAUUAAAGUCCUUAGUUUAAAAGAUUUGCUGAUUUAAAAAAAAAAAGGUUUUAAUGUAAAAUUAUAGCUAUAAGCAGUUGGCAUAGAAGACUGAGCUUAUUUGGGCUUUAAACAGUUCUUGUUUGGGAUGGGGAGUCAUUUAUAAUUGUUUUAGAGGGGCACUGAAUCUUUUUUUGCCAGUCCUAAAAUACCAGUGCAUUAGUGUGGACUCCUGUUAAGACUUUAAUAGUGCUGCAAACAGAAGGGGUACAUGGUUUUGAUUUCUCAUGUUGGGGAGUACUUGAGGUACAAAGAGGAGAUGGCUUUUUGUAUGUGGGAGACACCCAACCUGCACCAAACAUUUCUGAAAAAUGAUUUUUAUUGUGCUCUUAAUACCACCUUCCUUGCUCAGAUUAACCAUAUACCUCCUUUACGAAACACAUUGUUUCAUAUGUGUAUAAAAUAAAACUUACAGCGGUUCGAAAAGCUUUGCUAGUGACCACUGUUUCCACAGGGGUCUCUUUUUCCAGAACCUCAAUGCUAGAGCUUACCCUGCCCUUGUACCUUAAAAACAACUCGGCACUCUUCUUUUUUUUAUUGUAAAUGUUUGUUCUGUUUAGGGAUUGAAGGAAGAGUAACAUCUAAGGACUUGUCCGCACAGUGCGACAAAGCGCUCUAGCGGCUUGUGCUCCAGCUGUCCCUUGAAGACCCUGCUGGUACGCUCUAACAGGUUCCUAGUGCACGUUGAUAGAAUCCUGCUUCAACACUGAACUCAUGCACAGCACGUUACCGUGCUUUACAAGUCACACCCUCUAGAGUGCUUUAGUGUGCCAUGUAGACAAGCCCUAAAUUAAAUAUUCAGUUACACCAUCUUGGUUUAUUAUAGACCUAAAUAUGCCAAAAUGUGAAUGAAAGGCAACUCCGCCCCACAGCUAGCAGGCACUCAGCCCGACCCAAUGCCACCCUCGCUGCAGACCCAGAGUUGCAAUGAUCUUGUUUACUCUGUGCUGAGCUCUGUGCUUGUCCUUCUCCUAAGGCACUCCUGGGGCACCAGGAAGGAAUGACCAGAAGGUACCACGGCUUCCAUUAUUAUCUGUGGGGCGCCACUGGGUUAGGUGCUGUGUACACGCACGCACACACGUUCCUGCUGCAAAGAGACUCUCCUGCAGCUUUGAUUUCCAGUCCUGUGUCUCGGUUCCCAGCAAAGGUAACAGAGCUCCUCUAGUGGCCUACAGCCAGGAGAAAAAGAGUCUGAUUCUGCACUGCCUUGCCUUUCUGGCCAUUACCUACACCAGUGCAAACCAAUUCUGAUCCAUCUACACUAGGAAAAUCAGGACCCAGGGUUCUCUGCUGGGGUCACUCACCCCAGUGGUAGCAAACAUGCACAUUUCUGACUGGUCCAUUCUAGUCUCAAAACCAAUUGUAGGGGGCAUGACGCAUCAGGGGCAAGUACAUGCCCCCAUUCUAGCUGCAGCCUCCUCUUGGGCAGCAAAACUUUCCGGUGUUGUGGGCCUGGUCCCAUUCUAGAAGUUUUUAAGAAAGCGCUUCUCACCAUGUAUAAACUGAGACUUGUAUUUUAAAAUUUCACUCAAAGGGGGCAUUUCUGGGUGGCCUCCACGUGCCCUCUGUUUGGUGAGAUGAUCUCAUUCGUAACAUUGAGGCUAGGUCUGCUUGCUCUGCAGACUUUCCAAAUGCAGCACUUGGAAAGAUAGGUCUAGUGUUCUAGCCAAGAUUCAAAAAGGUCUUUGAACUAGUAGUAUGUGACCUUGACUCUAAAUUGUGUUGUAAGUGAAAGGUACGUAAUGCCACAACAAAAGUAACAGUUAAAUUGGUACUAGCUAGCAUGUCUUUUUAGGGAGCCAUUUAAAUAAGAACUUAUGUGACUAGUUCUAAUACUUUUACUAAAAUAGAUAUUAAACUACGUUUUGAAACCUGUUAGAAAUAUCUAUAACUGUUUGUUUUAAGUUCUCUAAUUAUAAAUGAUUCUCCUAUAGUAUCUCUCAAUGAGAGCUGCCACUUUACUGCUACUUCCCACCAGGAAGUUCAGUGACAAAGAAAAUACCACUUAACAUUUGAAUGCAUGAGAGAGGUUGGAGACUUCCGCAGUUUUGUUAAGGCAACUCUUUUGCUUGGGAAGCUAGUGCAUAGAGAUGUUCAGAUAUACUUUUGGGUUACUUAAGAUUGGUUUUCUGUGGAAAUAUCGCCAUGUUUUCUUCACAGCUUUUCUGAUUGAUAGAACUUGCUUUAAAAGUCAAUGUACAGUCUCUCCUGUGCAUUCAGUGCAGAGUAUCGCUUCUUUGUCAGGCUUUCAGCAGGCAGGUCAGAUCACAAUUUCCUGUUUAGUAAUUUAUUAUAUUUAAUAUUUUGUUUAAAUAUUGGUGAUUUUACUCAUUUUUGCAAAUAGUGGAGGUAAUGAUCUUGUGGCUUUCCCUUUAAUUGGUAAGCAGGUUCUGAUCAUCAAAGUGCAUCUUAACUGCUGAACCUCUUCAAAAAAGAGAAAUAUAUGUUCCAUUAAAUACAGCAGCUGACUUUUACAUAAUUUCUGAAACCAUUUAAUUUCCACUUUAAAAAGAUUCCUGGCUAUGAACAAAAUGGAAGCGGAGCUCCACAGCUGAGUGAGAUAGAGUGACCAUAGAGUCGAAACUCCCAUCGGGUGGUCUCAUAAAGGGCUGCAGAUCAACAACCACAUAUUCCUUGUAGUGUAUGUCCUCAGAAAGUCACAGGUGAGGCUGCCCCUAAACAGAGACGCUAAAGCUCAGCUUGUCUGCAGAACUUUUAUUGGUUCAUCUUGUGUGGGCCAUCUGUCUGCUGAACAUUCCUCCUAAUUCAGUAAAGGAAGUCUAGCAGCUCUGAUCCUCUGGAUCGUAGGCCAGUUUUACAUCUCAUUUUGGUCAAUGUUUCCAGUUCUAAAUUGGACACUGUCAACAUCUUCCUGUUGAAUGUUCAAUUGUAACUUUGAGUGCAGAUAGUCCUUAAGGAGUUUACAGAUGGUCAGCCUCAGAGCCCCCUACUAGUGUUGAUACUGCACCAUGCUCAGUGGAAUCCACUCAAGUUUAAGAAUGGAUUAUACUGUAUAGAACUGUAGGAGGAGGCGUGUACAGUUCUGUGAGCAGAGAAGGUAGGAGGGAAGCCUCUUCUAGAUUCAGGAUUAGUCUGCUCAGUCAGUGGAGUCUCCCCAGCCAGGCACCUUUUAAGAAGUGCAUUUUGGGUUCCUUUCCGCAAUCCUCCUUUGAGGGGAAAAACUUCACUGAUUUCUGAGAGUGGGAGCGUGGGAUGUGAGCGCUGAAUGUCAGUGUCAAAGUUCUUAUUUCUACUAAUACGCUUCACUUUGUUGUGAGCAGUGUUUUUUUUAAUUGUUUGCAUUUCCUCAGUCUGCUUUUGUAAAGCUUCAUGGGAUUGGUUUUAUUUGCUAGAAAAUAUAAUUUAUUUUAUCAUCUUUUGUUUUGAGAAUAAGUAGUUGGAGAUCACCUCUUUAAAGAGCUGGUGUCUUGUUUUAUUAGUGAACUUUUGUAUAGUGAUUUUUUUUAAUUGUGACAUUAAACUAAUUUUAUUUAAAUCUGACCUAAAUUAAAUACUUUUGUUGGGUUUUUUGCUGAUUUUUUUAAUUUAAAUUCAUUAACUCGUGUGUUCUCUAAUAUAGACCUAUUUUGUUUGGAAUUACACCAUAAAAAUGGUUAAACUUUAGUUACUGUCUUGUGUAAUAUUUGCUGCCUGCUUCAUCCUCAGUUCAUUAAUAAAUAGAACUUUGCCUGGGAGACCUAUUGCCAGCUACAGAAUUUUUCAAACUAGCAAGUAAAUGUGGAAACCCAAAAACUGAGUUAGUUAAAAUUCUGAUACCUAUAACUAGUACACCUUGUAAAGUAUGUGAAAUUCUAGUAACAGUCAUUGCAGCACUGUCUGUAUUAGGGUGACCAGACAGCAAAUGUGAAAAAUCGGGUGGGGGGUUAAUAGGAGCCUAUUUAAGAAAAAGACCCAAAAAUCGGGACUGUCCCUAUAAAAUCAGGACAUCUGGUCACCCUAGUCUGUAUUAACACUUUGCUGAGAAACUGGGUAAGAGAGAUUGGUGGAUUUUGUGUUAAUGAGAGAUCAGGUUUGCAGAAUGGGGGAGAGAACUAGGGAGGUUUUGUUGUGUUAGUCAAGGUGUCUUUAUGUACUCACAGCUUGUGGGAAGUAAGGAGUUGGUGACACUUAUGGAUGAGACUCAGUUGUUUCAGUUAAUAAAAACUAUGGAGGGUUUUUGAGACACUCCAGAUGCGCUCAAACUCAUUCAGGGAUUGGUGACCAUAGUGGCAGGAGAAAUUAAGCUUGAAUAAAAACGUGGUAAUAUCCAUUGAAUCAGGGAAGAGAAGUACUGACUGACUCUGAACUCGAAGGCUUCUCUGAAAAUAAGGACUUGGGAGCCAUGGUGGGUGUACUAGUGAAGACAGAUACCCAAGGCUCUGCAGCCAUUUGUGCUUGAGUGCAUUUGAAAAAGGGAGAGUGAAAUAUUGGGGGGUGGGGGGGGAGAGACUAUAGUAUUGUCCAGCAUUGGCUGCCUCCUCUGGAAAGACUGAAAAAGGUAAUGAAGGCUGUGGCUACACUUAGCACUUCAAAGCGCUGCCUUUGGGGAAUAACGGACAGCGCUGGGAGCCGCUGCAGAUUUGUAGUGUAGCCAAGCCCGAAGAUGGGUAGAGGUAUUGAGCAGGAUUGUGACAUGAGACUGCAAAGACUAGAAUUAUGUAGCCUGGAAAGAACAAUUUUACAAGGAGGGGACUUGGUUGAGAGUGUUCAAAAUGACAAGACUUAGUGAAAUUAAAGGGUGUACAUUGAGAAUGAAAAAAAUUAAUACCACUUUAUGCAGCUCAGUGUUUGCAAUUCAUUGCUGCUGGCGGGCCUGGCUCUGUGGCCAGCAUCACUGGUACCAUGUAAACUAAGAAUCCUAACCUUUAAACUGACUGCUUGAGAAGGGAUUUGUCCCCAUGCAACCUGGCAUGACAGAGUGCGGAGAGUUGUCACUCUCCUCUGAAGCAUUGGUAUUGGCUGAUGCCAGGGUCUGAUAUGACAACUUCUCUGUAUCUACUUAGGAUUUGUACUGUAAGUGCUUGGCUUAUAAUAAGUCAAGUAGGGAACGAUAAAUUGUCCCAAAUGUAGCAUUUAGACUUCAGUGAUGUGUAUUUUUUUUUUGUCUGCCCGAUCUUCCACAGAGUGUUACCUCUUUGUGCCUCACUCAGCUGGCAAACAGUACCCUGGACACUGUCACACAGUGAAUCCAUGGUACCGCUGGGAUAAGAACCCAGGAGCUUCCAGGCCUGGCUUCCAGCUGGUAGCACAGCCUCACAGUAUUUUUUUAAAUGAAAAGUUUAAAAAAAAUUGUAAUCUCCUAAAUGUGAUAAAACACCAAUAAUCCUCCUACUGUCUGAAUGUGUAAUUAAGUGAAAUGUUACAUACAAGCAUAUAUAUAUAAUAUGAACUGUAUAAAGAAAUCGCAGUGCAAAGGCCUGGCUGGACCCCAGGUUGGGAAAGGUUAGGUGGGAAAGAGCGAUUAAUCUGGCAGGUGAAAGCCUUGUUUAAAAGAGGAACCGUUAUGCGAAAUAAACCCCCUACCUGAUUGUAUUCUGUCACCGCCUGCCCAAUGGUGAUCUGUGAAUCGGUUUUAAAUUGUAGCAUAAGUGUUUUUAAUCUUUCUAACCAUGCAUUUUUGUGAUACAGCAUUGAGCUCCCUUAAGAGUUAGUUGUAAUGUUUAAAAACCAACUGUCCAGGGGUAACAUAAGGGAGAGUAACAGGCAGGUUUGUGUAUAUUCAUAUAUGGAGUUCAGUUUUAGGAAUCAUUCUGCAACAAGGAUGUUGUAGCUGAAUUCACAAUAGCUCUAAAUCCAUUUGUGUUUCUCGAAUGGGCUUCCAUAGAGCAGCUUCCCUCCAAGCGCCUUUGACGGUUUCACUUCUGGUUCGUAGAAAGCUGGUUUACCAUAAAAUCCAGGGGGGCAGGAGGCAGUUUGAUAGGGCUUCAUUCAAUUUAACUUAUUCUAGGUUUUGUUAUAUUUUCAAAACUUUAUUGAAAAGCUUGCAUAAAAUGCCCCUAAUUGCUCAUUUUUAUAUAUUGUAGAGUGUAUUGCAUUGCAUUUACCAGAAAUCCUACCUAAUAUUUUGCAGUGAAGAAAUGUCCUUUUUCCUUUCAAAACCAGUAUUUGCAGCUUGACAUAAUAAAUGUCUUAUCAGUGUAAAAAUAAACAGCAGUUUCACUGAAUCUCCACAGCAGAAACAAAGCUAUAUUCAAAAAAAUGAAACCGACAGGAUACUCUUGGGCUGUAUUGUUAAUUCCUCACCCUAUUGAAAUGUGGAAACGAUGUCUAUUUAAAGAAAUAUUUUAAAACAAAAUGAAAUGCGAGGUGUCUUGCUGUAGACAAGAAUUAAAUAUGGGAAAUGAAACUCUACACUGCCCUGAAGUUAAACCCUGGGCUGUUUAAAUACCGGCUCAGGUCUUGUAUUGCACCAGCUUAUUGAAAUGCCUGGGUUAACUUUGAUUAAACAGAGAGUGCCUUUCCUUGGGCUUUGCUCCCUGGGAAUGCAGCCUGUUGGUGAGUGGGAAUAGAUGAGCCAUUUGCACACAGGUGUGGAGGGAAGAGGCAAGAUUGGACUCCUGUAACUGGGAGAAACCAGUGACCACUUGUCAGUGUCCCCUUUAUCUGAGGGGAUGUUCUAUAGAAGCUCUGCAUUGACCUGAGCUCCUAAGACCUUCCCAGAACACAUCCAGGCCUAGUAAGGGAGAGCCGAGUAUGUGCUACUAAGUGCACUUGCAUGCACACACACAACAUUCUUACUGUUCACUGGGCUUCAGCAGGCUGGCUGAAUUAUUGGUCAGAUUUCUUCAGAUCGUGUUCUCUUGUCCGGACGUCUCUUGUUUAUGCAUUUGCAGCAUCACUCGGCCUUUCAGGAUGGGCACUUUUGAACCUCCUCUGUUAAUUGUGAUCAGAUAAACAUUCUCCUCUCUCCCACCCCCCAAGUCUCUCAGGGGUGCUUAUCAGGACUAUUGGCACUACAGUUUUAUACAUUUGUUGGGGCUUCUGUUUUUCUCAAUACUUUCUUGCAGUGCCUUGUAAAACCAAACAAUCCAGCGUGUCACAAAAGGGCUGUGUUGUAAUGACCAAACAGUAACAUACUUUCAGCUUGCCAUUGCUAGCCUGAACUCUGUAACUGGAAAUUUAAAACUGACAUUGCAAAAGUCAAUAAAAUGAGUUGAUUCUUUGCCGUGUCGUGUUCUUUAACAAAUACUUCAGGAGCUUUCUCUGAGAUGCCUCUUGUAUGGUUGGAAUCACUUUGUUUGUAAACUUCCAUCGCAGAGCUUAGAUUUUUGUGCAAUGUUACCGGGAAGAGUGCUUGGAAGUAUUAUUCUGUCGUGUGUAUUCAGCAGUAUCUGUGCGCCCCAUUGUUCUAGGCACUACGCCAUGUAGGACUUCUCAGAAAACUUACAUUGGCCUUCAAGGGAGUGAUAUAGGACAUAAAGCUGGGGGUCUCUAGAACAUGGUUCUGGCACGUGAUAUAGCAAAAAUUGUGUACUUUUGUUUACAAUUUCCUAAAAAUUAAAAUGUCUCCUGUG